AUGUCGACAACAACGUUUGAGUUUGAUGGAGCUAAGUUUGUGACUAACACCUAUGCUGCCAUCCUUGACAAUGAUGAAGCCCCCAAGGAAUUUCAUCUCAUCCAAGAUUUUCUGGCUCACAGUGAGCUUAUGUAUGCUCUGACUCAACCUGAGUCGAUUUCUCCCUCUCAAGUACUCACAUUCUGGAAGACGGCUCGUUAUGAUGAUGGGGGUGAUCAUGGCUCUCCAUCUCUGACCUGUGAUUCUGAGGGUCACGAAUAUUUUGUCUCACCAGCGACUGUCGGGAAGGCUCUUCAUCUUCCUGAACACAAUAAGUUCGAUUCCUCAGUACCCACUCAAACUCUGAGAGAUAUGAUGAUUUUCUUUGGGUACUCAGCUAGUACAGAUAAGAUGGGGGAACUCAAGCGUCCACAUCUCUGCAAGGAGUGGAGCUUCUUUUAUGACUGCAUCACCAGGGCCUUCGGCAACAAAUGUAGCAACUUUGAUGCCAUCCCUAUCUUCAGUCAGCAAAUUGGGUAUUCUCUGAUUCAUAAUCUCAAGUUUGAUUUUGCUACUUCAAUAUUGAGAUUUAUUGGUGAUAGGAGACAAGAGAAUAUGAAUAUUGCGUAUUAUGCUAGAUUUUGUCAGCUCAUAUUCUCUUAUUGUUUUCCUAAUGUACCUAUGCCUGAAUCUGGUAAUGAGUUGCCAUUUAGAAUAACUAAACGUUCCUUCACUGACCUCAUUAAAAAGGAUAGCAAGAAACCCAAUGCACCAGUGUUUGCUAUUCCUGUAAUCGUACAGGAUAAGUUGAGGGUAGCUCUGCCAGAUAAGUAUGGACCCUUAUUCUCUGAUGAGAAUAUACCACACCCUCCUUCUUCAUCUGCUCAGCCAGAUGCUGACCCAACCUCUGGUCCUUCCCAACAAGGGCCAGUUGCAAAACCUGACCAACCUUUACCUUCUGGUCCUUCCCAAAAGGGGUCAGUUGUAACAUCAUCACCAAAGAGGGUACUUAGAUCUUCAAAAUCUCCAACUAAACCAUCUCCUCCACCCAGGAAAAGAAGAUUUCUUCAGAAAAUCUCAGACUUUGAUUCUGAUGAAGAACCUCAACAACCUCCACCAGUCAAGAAACAGAGAAAGAAAGUCAAGCCCACAAUCGUAACUGAUCUGACUGUUGAGCCUCCUCAGUCAGAAGAUCCUAACCAGGCCUUGAUCAUAUUCUCUGAUCAACCACAAACUGCAGAUCCAGUAAUGGUUGAACCUAUCUCUGCAAUGCCACUUGAUACUACUGCAGCUGAUAUUCAAAUAUCAGAAACAAUUCCUGAAUAUCAUGAUCAAACAGAAGAAAUUCAACCAGAGACUGUGUUGAAGAUGAAUCAGGAAUCUCUGAUUCAAGUUGAAGACCAAGUUGCAGCUCUUGUUCAGGAGACAUCUACUGCUGCAAACUCUGAUGCAGCAACAGAAGCUCUGGCAUCUCAUACUCUGAGUAUAUUUGUCAAUGAGGAUGAUGAUGAUGAUGCAACAGAGGUCACCUCUGUUCCAAUUCAAGCUGCUACUUCUCCAGUCACAAUUUUUGAUCCAGUCAGAGAAACAACUCCAGUCAGAAUUGAUUCUCCAGUACAUGAACUGUCACCAGUCAGAGAAUCUACUCCUACUCCAGUUCAUGCAUCUCCAAUCCAACAUCCCAUUUCUGUACAGAGAAAAGUUUGUCAACUAUCAUAUUUCUAG